AUGAAGUUCUGGCUUUAUUCAAGUGCAAGUCUAGUUGCAUGUAUAGGGCUUCUCUACUAUACGUAUAUUACAAGGCAGCAUUUUUAUCCAUCGGUUAUCUAUCUUGUAACCUCGAAGAUCAGUGUCUUAAUACUGGGCAAUGCCGGUCUCGUACUUACGACACUUUUUGGUCGAUUGUUAAAAUUCGUUUUUUUCGGUACCCUCCGAGAUGCAGAAGUCGAGUUAUUGCACGAAAAUGUGCGCUAUGCUGUGACGGAGACGUGUCUAGCUCUUACGGUCUUUCGCGAUGAGAUCUCGUUCCAUGUGAUGGUAUUGUUUACGGCACUGGUGUUUCUCAAGAUAUUUCAUUGGCUCGCUCAAUCCAGAAUUGAGUUUAUUGAACAAACGGAUAUUUUAUCGAGACUUACGCAUGUGCGACUUGUGGGACUUAUGGCAUUGCUUUCAGCUGUAGACUUGGGUUUUGUAGUGUGGUGCUCGCUGAAAGUCAUGGAGACUGGGCCUUCGGUCUGUAUCCUUUUUGGAUUUGAGUUUUUGAUCUUACUGGUGACGAUUGCAGCUACUUUUCUACGCUAUGUGCUGUACGUGGUGGACUCCCGGAUGGACGGCACCUGGACCAACAAGUUUACAUACCUCUUUUAUUUAGAGCUCGUGUCUGAGAUUACCAAGCUCGUUGUAUACUUGAUUUUCUUCAUGCUCAUUUUCACGUACUAUGGUAUGCCGCUACACAUUGUGCGUGACCUCUGGGUUUCCAUCAAGAAUUUGCAGCGACGCAUUGCGUCUUAUUUCCGCUACAGAAAAAUUACUGCGAAUCUGAAUGAGCGCUUUCCAAAUCCGACGGAGGAGGAACUUCAGGAAACGGAUAGGACGUGCAUCAUAUGUCGUGAAGAAAUGAUUCCUGAUGCAUGCAAGAAGUUACCAUGCUCGCACAUUUUUCAUGUCGACUGUCUCAAAAUGUGGGUGCAACGCCAGCAGACAUGCCCUACGUGCCGCUCCAAUAUUCCGACGGAGUCGCGUCAGCCCACCCCUACCGUUCCUGGAGGACCAGCAGCUCAUGCUGGAAGACCUGCAGCUGGACCAGCAGCACCAGCAGGAGCUGAGGGCCAACCGCGUGCUGCGCCGGCUGCUCCUCGCUUCCGUUUUGGGGUAGCCUUUGAACGUGUAGUUCCUCCACCAAAUGAACACGGCGCUUCUGAUGCGGCAACGCCUGCACGAACUGCUCAAGCCGCGACGCCUCCAGCUCCUGAUGGCAUUCCUGCUGCUGCUCCUGGUUAUCCAUUUGCUCCUGGUUAUCCAAAUCCGUACAUGUCACCAAUGAUGUUUGGUCCUGGAAUGGGGCUGCCUUAUGGUUAUGGGGUGCCAGGACCGUACGGCAUGAUGCUGGGCAUGCCUCCGGUCGGCCAAAUGCCACCGCAGUCGCAGCAAGGUAUGCAACAGCCAGCCAUGGAUUCAGACAGCAUUCGACGCCAUAUUGACUUCCUGCAUGCCCAACUGGCGGUACUGCAAGCAUCAGCGGCACAGUUUAGUGCUCCUCUUCAGACUCACACGGUGCCGCAACAACCGGUCGUAGCGCCCUCCGUACAAACAGUUCAGCCGCAAAGGAGCGUUCCAGCCCAAGCAGCUUCAACAUCGGCUGCAGUGCAUUCGUCAACGAUGGCAGAUGGAGCCACUGCAGACACAGGACGCUUGGAAGAGGAGCUAGAAGACAAACGUCCGAUCCCUUUGUCAAGUCAGCAACAAGGAACUCUUCCGUCAACUGCUGCUACACCUUCGCUUCCUAUGGAGUCAACGAUACCAUCAGCUUCACAGACUGAGGCGGAGCGACGCAGAGACGAAUUGCGUCACCGUUACAACCGAAUCUACGGUAGCUCUUCGAGCUCAUCUGCCAUUGACAACGAAGAGAAGAAGACUGACUGA